ACCUGGCACCUGGCACCUCACUCUUAGGUCUUGGCCUUCACCCCACCCUGCAGAGAGUGUUAGCAUGACAACAAGUGAAACCCAGAUCAAGGUGCAUAUAUGCUUCUUGGACGCCGACCCACUGAUCCGCUCUCGUCUGGUAGCCCGGAAUGCUGGUCAAGUACUGUGAAUUUGGGCCGGCAGAAAGCCGCCAAGUCAUCACUGAUGUUUACGAAGAUCCAGUCCCUAUCGCAUGGGUUGCACCGUUAGAUGCCUUGGCGCCCUGGCAACCGUCGAUCCCUCGCCAUCGACAUCACACACCUCAGAGCAGCAUCAACAACCAUCACCGAGAUGAAUCUCAAAACAGGCCUUUAUCUGUGAACUUUAAACGCGUGGUCGGAUGCCCUGGAACCUAUCCCAUAGACAUUUUCUUUUGGGACUUCGAUUGGUUAUUUUUUUGUCUUAAAGAUGCAUCCAUUUCCCGUUCUAGUGUGCCCAGAAUGUCACAAGUUACGAACGCACUACCACGCCGGAGGUCUAUUCACUUUGAAGUUCCGGAAAAGAGUUUACAAUGUGAUCGGCAUAACGAGGUUAUUUCGCUUCACUAUGGGUUCGCGCGAAAUACAACAUCAAUUUGACACGGGGGCUUUCGUAACUACAUAGAUGUUCUGUUAGAUGCGUGUACAUCUGAGAGCGGAGGAUUAAUGAAGGAACCAUCGGGCCAGUCGGGUUAAAU